CACAGAAAGUUGGUUGUCUAGCAACAUGAUUUGAACGCCGAAUAAAGCUAGUGGGUACGAACUGGAUGAGGUGUUGGUGAAUUCUGAAUUCUGAUUAGCGUUGGUGAGCCGUCAUUGUACUGUUUGUUAGGUUUCCUUCUUUCCCAGAUCGAAGCUACGACGGGAAGAGGGAGAGAAGCGUUAAGAUGGCAGUGGCGCAGCUGAAGUUUUGUACAGGGAUUCUUCUGUUCAUCCUCAUUUCUUUGUGGAGUUCUGUUCUCAGCGUUGUUGCUUCGAUUCACGAGUACAGAAUGGAGUCAUUUAGUCAGAAAUCGAAUGCCUGCUUCUUCCAUGGUGGAAGUGAAGGGCUCUACGCUUCUAAGCCUCACCAAACUUCAUCUUCCUCCUCUGCUGAAAAAGGGAAAUCCUUUAUUAGGUUUGAUUCUGUCAACUUUGUGAGGACAAAAGAGUCUGCUCUUAAGGAGAAUGAAAUGCAGCAGAGUACGGGGGUGGUGGAAGCAAUCAUAUUGGAGGUCAAGGACAGAGAAAGAAUUGGUUCUGAUAUGAUUUGCUGCACGCGAAGUCUUUCAGAGGAUGGUUCCUGCAAGGUUGGUGAGGUUAUCAUCCACAAAAACCCAGACAACCCUGAGUGGCCUAAACGCAUAAAGACUUCCUUUGAGGGGAAUAAGGAAGAAGCUAAAAUGGAUAUUGAAGAGAUUGAAAUAAAUAGUACUGGUAUGUACUACCUUUAUUUCAUGUUUUGUGAUCCGCAUUUAAAUGGUACUCUAAUCAAAGGAAGAACCGUAUGGAAGAAUCCAAAUGGUUAUUUACCAGGGAAGAUGGCUCCUCUGAUGACCUUUUUUGGCAUCAUGUCUUUAGCAUACCUUCUGCUUGGUCUAGGCUGGUUUCUUAGAUUUGUGCAGUUCUGGAAGGAUAUCAUACAUUUGCAUUACCAUAUCACUGUGGUGAUUGCCCUUGGUAUGUGUGAAAUGGCAGUCUGGUACUUUGAAUAUGCUAAUUUUAAUUCGACUGGGAGGAGACCAAUGGGUAUUACAUCAUGGGCAGUAACUUUUAGCUCAGUUAAGAAGACUGUAUCUCGCCUCCUCCUUCUGGUGGUGUCCAUGGGCUAUGGUGUGGUGAGGCCAACCCUUGGUGGCCUAACAUCACGGGUACUUCUACUUGGCUUGGUAUAUUUUAUUGCAACAGAGGCACUUGAGCUGGUCGAAAACUUGGGAAACAUCAAUGACUUUUCUGGGAAAACCAAGUUAUUUUUGGUGCUGCCUGUUGCUUGUCUGGAUGCUUGGUUUAUCCUAUGGAUUUUCUCUUCAUUAUCGAAAACAUUAGAGAAACUUCAGAUGAGGAGAAACAUGGCAAAACUUGAAUUGUACCGAAAAUUUACCAAUGCACUUGCAGUAUCUGUGCUUUUGUCUAUUGCUUGGAUUGGCUUUGAGUUAUACUUCAAUGCAACUGAUCCACUGAGUGAGUUGUGGCAAAUUGCAUGGAUCAUCCCUGCUUUCUGGAAUUUAAUUGCAUACACUCUCCUGGUGGUUAUAUGUAUUCUCUGGACUCCUUCACACAACCCAACCAGGUAUGCAUACAUGGAGGAGACAGGCGAGUACUCUGAUGAGGAGGGUAUUGCAUUGACGAGCGCUACUGGGGAAGUAGCAAGUAAGCUGGAAAGGAAGGAAAGGAAAGGAUCUAUUGUAAUAGGAGAAGAUCUCGAAGAGGACAAGCGUGAAUAGAGAGGAGAGGACCUUGUACAAAAAUACCAAUUCCUGAAAUCCCCAGCUUGGAUCCACAAUCUGUAUUGUAUCUACAAAAAUACUGUGACUGAAAUACCACGAACAGUCAUGAAAACUGAUAUGAUGAAAAUUUUUACAGCUGAAAUUGUGACUUUCUGACCUUUUGCUAACUUAUAAUCAGCAAGACAAAGACAUCCUUCUUCACCUUUCUGAUGUGUUUGUCUGCUUUUAUCUUGUCGUUUCGUUACAUUUGGAGAUAGUGAUUUCAAACACAGCCAAUUACUUUUUAUUCAAAGCAUUUGUUAGACAAUUUUAAUGUUUUUGGGAACCACUCUACUCAAUUGCCAUCAUCCUAUUGGAAGCACAAUAAUGCUAGGUUUAACCAUAGCAGGGGGAAAGAAAAAGAAAAAGAAGAAUCGAAAAAUCCUAAUAUUUAUAUACCACCUUCCGUAAACAGUAUCAAUCAUCUCUUCCACAGGAUCUAAUUCAGAUUUCUUGAGAGCCACCAUGGUUGAGUAAAGUCUCUCCUGGACCAAGGGAAACUUUGUCAGAUUAAGAUAACGAAUGAAAUUCUCAACAUGGU